CCUGGGCGGGACUUCAGCCCUCUGGGCAUCAUCCUUCACCUGAAGGUUGGCAUCCAGGGCAAGUGGCCUGAGGAGGGCAGGGUCGGUCAGACUCACAGUGCACCUCCUGCUGCGGCCACAAGGGCUGUCCCUUGGAGAUGGGGGCGGGGUCCUUACAGCCUGCCCAUCCUCCCUCCUUCAAGGAGUGUCCCCCCAGGAACCUCAGGACUGGUGGCCCAGUGACUAUGUGUCUAUGUGGACUUGGAGUCCCAGAGCUGCCCACGUGCAGGGACCCCUGGGGCCGCCUGACCCUGCCCGGCCUGGGCCCCAGGGCCAUUGAAGGCUGGGAAAGGGCAAGGCCCUCUGAAGUCCCACCUGCCCCACCCAGGCCUCCAGCCUCAAGAAUGGAGCUGUUAUUAUGGACAAUGUCAGUCUGUCCCCCAGCAGCCACCAGAAGAAGCUGACUGGACAGAAAAAGGAAAGAAGAGAAAGCUCAAGCUUGUCAGAAUUCGCAUUUGGGGGUGUGAGGGGCGAGGGUGAGGUUCCUCAGCGGGUGCUGUUGGCACCACUGGAGCCUGGAGAGCCCGGACAUGAGCCUGCUGCCGAGCUCAGGGCCUUGCUCCUGGGCCCUGGCCUGUGUGGAGAGGGCACCCCCCGAGGUCCUGCAGCCACUUUGGAGUUGUGCCAAGGAAACUAUGCCCCAGACAUCCGUGGUCUUCUCCAGCAUCCUCGGGCCCAGCGGUAGCGGACAGGUGCAGCCUGGCAUGGGGGAGCGGGGCAGUGGCGCUGGCGGUGCUGGGGACCUCAUUUUCCAAGACGGACGCCUUGUCUCUGGGUCCCUGGAGGCCUUGAUGGAGCACCUGGUCCCCACUGUGGACUAUUACCCCGACAGGACGUUCAUUUUCACCUUCCUGCUGACCUCCCGGGUCUUCAUGCCCCCCCAUGACCUGCUGGCCCGUGUUGGGCAGAUCUGCCUGGAGCAGAGGCAGCAGCUGGAGGCUGGCCCUGAGAAGGCCAAGCUGAAGUCCUUCUCCGCCAAGAUCGUGCAGCUCCUGAAGGAGUGGACAGAGGCCUUCCCCUAUGACUUCCAGGAUGAGAAGGCCCUGGGCGAACUAAAGGCUAUCGCGUACCGGGUCACCCAGUGUGAUGAGGAGAACGGCACAGUGAAGAAGGCCAUCACACAGAUGAUCCAGAGCCUGCUGCUGUCCCUGGCCGCCAGGAGCCAGCUGCAAGAGCUCCGGGAGAAGCUGCGGCUGCCGGCUGUGGACAAAGGGCCCGUGCUGAAGGCCAAGCCACCGGCGGCACAGAAGGACAUCCUGGGCGUGUGCUGUGACCCCCUGGUGCUGGCCCAACAGCUGACCCAUAUCGAGCUGGAGAGGGUCAGCAGUAUCCACCCUGAGGACCUGAUGCAGAUAAUCAGCCACACAGACUCACUGGACAACCACCACAGGUGCCGAGGAGAUAUGGCCAAGACCUACAGCCUAGAGGCCUAUGACAGUUGGUUCAACUGCUUGAGCAUGCUGGUGGCCACUGAGGUGUGCCGGGUGGUAAAGAAGAAGCACCGGACCCGCGUGCUGGAGUUCUUCAUCGACGUGGCCCGCGAGUGCUUCAACAUUGGGAACUUCAACUCCAUGAUGGCCAUCAUCUCUGGCAUGAACCUCAGUCCUGUGGCACGGCUGAAGAAAACGUGGUCCAAGGUUAAGACGGCCAAGUUUGACGUCCUGGAGCACCACAUGGACCCAUCCAGCAACUUCUGCAACUAUCGCACGGCCCUGCAGGGUGCCACGCAGCGGUCUCAGACAGCCAACAGCAGCCGAGAGAAGAUCGUCAUCCCUGUGUUCAACCUUUUCGUCAAGGACAUCUACUUUCUGCACAAAAUCCACACCAACCACCUGCCCAAUGGACACAUCAACUUCAAGAAGUUCUGGGAGAUCUCCAGGCAGAUCCACGAGUUCAUGACCUGGACACAAGUGGAGUGCCCCUUUGAGAAGGACAAGAAGAUCCAGAGCUACCUGCUCACGGCGCCUAUCUACAGCGAGGAAGCUCUCUUCAUCGCCUCCUUCGAGAGCGAAGGCCCCGAGAACCACAUGGAGAAGGACAGCUGGAAGGCCCUCAGGACCACACUCCUGCACAGAGCCUGAGCGGGACGUGCUUGCACCUCUGGAUGCCACGACACGCACGCACAGUCCCGGUGGAAAUGGGUGGAGACCAGGAGGCCUCACUGGUUGGGGUCCAUUUUGUAUAUAACUUUUAUGAAAAAGAAAAAUGGUAAUUAUUUCACGCAUUGACCUUUGGCACUUACAAAGAUUUUUGUUUAUUUUGAGUAACAGGGCAGGGCCCUGCUUUGGGGAGGGGUGGGAAAGAGUAUCAAGGGAGAUGCUAUCGAGGACAGCAUCUUCUGCGGAAAUGUAGAGUUUUAUUUUCUACUUUUGAUUAUGAACAUCUUAUGAGAAAAUAUUUAGAAAAACCCAACCAAAAGCAGCAGCUCGAGCCCGGCCUGCUUGGAUGCCUUCCCAGCCAGUCUCUGACGUCGGGUUAGUGCCUUAGAGGGUACUGGGCUCUGGUCCUCCUGCUCGGGCCCUGCCCUGGGCAGCGGCUCUGGGGGAGGCCUGGGGCUGGGGCUGGGGCUGGGGCUGGGGCUGGGGCAGUGAGCCUUGAUGCGGGCUUUCCAAAGUUUACAUUUUCAUUUUCCUUUAUCAGGGAUUUAGGGGUCCGGGAGGGCAAGGGGGUGGCCUGGCAGCCUGUGUUCUGCAAGACCACGUCUUAUGGAUUGAUCCUUAAUGCAUUUUUGAAAAGAGCAAAUGUGAAGUAACAGGGGAGGGCUUCCUGGCCUUCUGUGAGGGCUUUUAACUGAGAAACAUGCUGAGCCGUCCCAAGGAGCUCAGAGUGGACGCGGGGAAGGUGCCGUUAGAGUUGCUUCUGAAGCCCCACACAGGAGACUGAGGGGCUCCACGGGUGUGCGGGCGCCGUCCAACGCCCCUUGCACAGAAUCUGGACCGGGAGGAUCGCUGGGCAGGUCCACCGGAGCCCUUUCCACAGAACUGCCCAACUGCGCUGGGUGCGCAUGCCCACCCAGGGCACCGACCCACGCCCCAUGCCACCUCCUGGCACGGACCCUGGGCCUUACUGACUGGGUCGGCGCUGCUGCUGGCCACACCGCCUCCCUGGGCGCCUCGCCCUGCCCGCUCCGGGCUGCGGGGCCUGAACCACAGCGGCCCGGUGUCUGCACUUUCCCGCCUGAGGGACGGGUGGCACAGGACCUUGCGUACUGCUCUGUUUACGCUUUGGGAUGAGAAGGCUGAAAAUGAGAAUAUAUAUUUGGAUACGGAGUCAGAACACCUCCCAUGUGUCAGUGUGUGCUUGGUCUCGGUUCUAGUACUUGAAGCAGUGUCCGCCUUUGCUACUUUCCUUUCCCGAUUUGAUACACAGCCUAAAUGCAAUGUCUGGUAUCUGGAGGUGACCUGAGUAUAACGCUGUACCAUAAUGCAGGAUGUCAGUUUUGGUGUGAUCGGUCAUACUUGCAUCAAUAAAAGAACAUGUCGUUUCCUGCCUGCCA